UUUAUUUUUUUAUUUUCCCUUUCUUGUUUUACUGUUUCAUUGAAUUUGGUUGAAUCUCCUCUUUAAAGUGAUCAUGUCUCUUAGGCCACAAAAAACCAUGUCAAAAGAAAUAGCCAUGCAAGACCAAAAAGAUUGCUCAGUCAUUAAGGUCAAAACGUCCAUAAGUCGCCGAUGGAGGUUGGCUCUCACUGCCAUAUCCUUUACUAGGGCUCUUGUAGCCUCUCUGUCGAAGAAAGAUCUCCUGGACUACGUCGCCAUUAAAGUCGAAAACCCGACUUUUCUCGAUGCCGACCCGAAAGCGUUGAGUGACAUGCUAAGGGGUAAGAAUCUUGAAAGUCUGAAGUCUCAAUUUGGAGGUGUCAAGGGCUUGGCUGCAAUUCUUGAAAGUGAUGUCAAAGGUGGUAUUGGUAGUACAGCUGAGGCUGAUCUUAUGCGUAGAAAGAAUGUUUUUGGUGCCAAUGAGUACCAAAAACCGCCUGCUAAGAACUUCCUAAGCUUUGUGCUUGAUGCGUUGAAAGAUACUGUUAUUAUGAUUCUCUUGGCAUGUGCAGUUAUCUCCCUAGGGUUUGGUAUCAAACAAGAUGGAUGGAAAGAUGGUUGGUUUGAUGGCGGGAGUAUAAUUCUUGCCGUCUUUCUUGUCGUUGCUGUCUCUGUUGUGACCAACUUUAAGCAGUCUAGGUCAUUCCAGAAGCUCUCCGCGAAGAGCAGCGACAUAAAGGUGGAAGUUGUGAGGGAUGGAAGGCGUCAACCCCUGUCCAUCUUCGACAUUGUUGUCGGCGAUGUCGUGUGCUUGAAGAUCGGGGAUCAGAUUCCGGCCGACGGGUUGUUCUUGGAAGGACAUUCUCUCAAGGUGGAUGAAUCUAGCAUGACGGGAGAAAGCGAUCACGUCGAGAUCAAUGGCGACAAGAAUCCCUUCUUGAUGUCUGGGACUAAGGUGACAGACGGGUUCGGUUCCAUGCUCGUCACUUCUGUGGGGAUGAACACGGCGUGGGGCGAGAUGAUGAGCUCGAUAAGCCGCGACUUGGAUGAGGAGACGCCUUUGCAAGCGAGGCUCAAGAAGUUGACUUCUUUUAUUGGGUAUGUUGGCUUGUCCGUGGCUGCUACCGUUCUUGUUGUUAUGACGGUCCGUUAUUUCACAGGGCACACCACUAAUGAGAAGGGGGAGAGGGAAUUCUAUGGUGGAAAGACGAGGUUCAAUGAUGCGAUGAAUGCUGUCGUCGGCAUUGUGACUGCAGCGGUGUCGAUCGUUGUGGUGGCGAUUCCUGAAGGCCUGCCUCUUGCUGUUACAUUGACAUUGGCCUUUUCAAUGAAGAGGAUGAUGAAAGACAAUGCAAUGGUUAGGAAGCUCUCGGCUUGUGAGACAAUGGGGUCAGCCACAACAAUCUGCACAGACAAAACCGGAACUCUUACGUUGAACGAGAUGAAGGUUACAGAGGUUUGGCUCGGAGGAGGAGAGACAAUGAGUUAUGAUCAGGAAAGUACAUCAAAUAUGUCUCCCAUAGUUCAGCAUUUACUGCGAGAAGGUGUCGGUUUGAACACCACCGGCACCGUUUACAAGGCGAGUUUUGCAUCCGUUCCUGAGAUUUCUGGCAGCCCAACUGAGAAAGCGAUACUUUCUUGGGCAGUUUUUGGCUUGGGAUUGGAUAUUGAUGAGGUGAUGCAAAAAUGUGAGACGAUCCAAGUGGAGGCCUUCAAUUCGGAGAAAAAGAGGAGUGGUGUUUUGAUCAGGAGAAACCGGGAGAAGACUACGCACAGCCACUGGAAGGGAGCUGCUGAGAUGGUACUCAUCAUGUGCUCGAAUUAUCACGACGAAGAUGGAAAUAUCAAAUCCAUGAAUGACCAAAAAAGGAGGAGCAUUGAAACAGUUAUCCAGAACAUGGCUGCCAAAAGCUUGAGGUGUAUUGCCUUCGCCCACAAAAAGCUUGAACAAGAAAAUGGACAGGUCAGUGAGAAGCUUGAAGAAAGUGGACUUACCUUGCUGGGUCUAGUAGGUCUUAAGGACCCGUGUCGACCGGGAGUUAGAGAAGCCGUGGAAACCUGCACUGCUGCUGGUGUAAACAUCAAAAUGAUAACUGGAGACAACAAGCACACAGCAAGAGCUAUAGCAAUUGAAUGCGGAGUUCUAAAACCUGACGAGGAUGUGGAGAGCGAAGCUGUAGUCGAAGGGGUUCAGUUCAGGAAUUACUUGCCCGAAGAGCGAACAGCGAAAGUUGACAGAAUCCGAGUGAUGGCUAGAUCGUCUCCAUUCGACAAGCUCCUGAUGGUGCAGUGCUUGAAGCAAAAGGGUCAUGUGGUGGCAGUCACUGGGGAUGGAACAAACGAUGCACCCGCUCUCAAGGAAGCGGAUAUUGGGCUUUCUAUGGGAAUCCAAGGAACUGAAGUGGCAAAGGAGAGCUCAGACAUUGUCAUCUUAGAUGACAACUUCUCUUCAGUGGUGACAGUUCUUAGAUGGGGCAGGUGUGUGUACAACAACAUUCAGAAGUUUAUCCAGUUUCAGCUCACCGUGAAUGUCGCCGCCCUCGUCAUCAAUUUCAUCGCCUCUGUGUCUUCUGGCAAAGUCCCAUUGACUGCUGUUCAGCUUCUGUGGGUGAACCUCAUAAUGGACACAUUGGCAGCUUUGGCGUUGGCCACUGAGCAGCCAACCAAUGAGCUGAUGGAGAAGCCACCGGUGGGUCGAACAGCGCCGCUCAUAACCCGAGUCAUGUGGAGAAACGUCAUUGCACACGCCUUGUUCCAGGUAACUGUAUUGCUGACACUACAGUUCAGGGGAAGAUCCAUCUUUGGCGUGGAUGAGAAGGUUAAGAACACAAUCAUCUUCAACACUUUUGUUUUCUGCCAAGUCUUUAACGAGUUUAAUGCAAGGAAACUAGAGAAGAAGAACAUAUUCAAGGGAAUACUUAAGAACAAGCUGUUUUUAGCAAUAAUUGGGAUUACCAUUGUGCUUCAAAUGGUGAUGGUGGAGUUUCUGAAGAAGUUUGCCCAGACUGUGAGGCUUGAUUGGGGGCAAUGGGCAGCUUGUAUUGGCAUUGCUGCUUUGUCUUGGCCGAUCGGUUGGCUCGUCAAGUGCAUUCCAAUUCCUGGGAACAAGGCUUGACUCCAAAGAGCUUCUGCACAGCAAAAGACAUGACAAGAAUCAGAUAAACCUGCAUAGCUUUUUAAUUUUUUUUUUCAUGUUCAUGUUUUUGCUUUCAAGUUCUAGACUUAUUCAGCUUUUAUCCUUGUUGCUAGUUUUUGUCUGGGUUUUAGGAAAAUAUUAGAAACACUUGUUAGCAAAGACUGAAGCCAUUGUAUCUGUGCCAGUAGCUGCUCAAUGUGUUGGUGGUAAUAUGAUAACGGAAAU